CAGAUAUUAGUGUUCUGUGUAGUACCCAGUGUUGACUAAGUCCUAGUGUUGCUGUUGAUUCAGUCAGUAAGUUCUUCAGUCAGUGUUCAACUUCGUUCUCUGUGGUGUUGUUCGGGGGUGUCCAGUUAGUUGUAGUCGGUCGAGUAUAUUGAAAUUCAAAAACUAUCUCUUUAAUUUUGUGAGGAAUAAGUACCUGGUUAGAUUGUUAUUAAAAUGGAGGAAGAACGAAGAAUCCUUAAGUCGAUGCUUUUGAAAAAAAGUAAAUACAUUAGAUAUUUUGACAUGAGAGUGCUAGACGAGAUUGUGCGUUCAAUGACCAAAAUUAAAUAUGCCGCUAACAGUACGAUCAUGAGUCCAUCGCAAGCAGCGAACUACUUGUACGUUUUCGCUGAAGGAAAAAUUAUAGUGAAGGCAGAACUGAAGUACACUUUUAAAAUGCCGCCUUGGUCGGUAUAUGGCGAACAAGAAAUGUUGUUCAGAAAAACUAGACUGGCAUCAGCUGAAGCGCUAACAGAUUCUACAGUGUGGCGGCUUAGCAGAGACGAAUUCAAGGAUAUUAUGAGACGAACCUGCCCUGUGAAUGAAAUUCCAGAAUUCUUGAGGACAGUAGAUAUUUUCAGGAAUUACCCAGACGAUUUGUUGAGUAGAAUCCAGAAGGAAUUACAGGUAGAAUUCAUUGAAACCGACGAAUUUGUUCCAGUCAAACCCGAUACUUUAUACGUGGUUUCUAGCGGACUUUUGAGAACUACUUGUGGUGAUACAGGUGCUGAUGAAGGACGUAUCGUCAGAGUGCUGAAAAGAGGCGAUCACUUCGAAGAAGGGUCGUCCAACGGCUUGCUCCCCUUUUUCCCCGGAGUAGAACUUCUGCUCCUCAACAAAGAGAUCCUGCGUCAAAUUGGAUUUGAGGGCGCACCCUUCCCAGUUCAGGAUGAAGAGGAAAUAUCUGCUGAUAGGGAAUUCAGCAGUAUUUCCCUGAACGACCUAUCCGUCGUAGGUACCUUAGGGGCUGGCGGAUAUGGAAGGGUGGAGCUGGUCACAUGCACCAGAAAACCGGGCGCCAGCUUCGCCCUCAAAAAAAUCCAAAAGGCGCGGGUGGUGCAGAAGGCUUAUCACGGUCACGUGAUAAGCGAAAAAGAGAUAUUGUUGAGGGCAAACAGCCCCUUCAUAACCAGAUGCUACUCUACCUAUCGUGACGAUAGGCAUGUGUACCUUUUGUUGGAGGCAUGUCUCGGCGGAGAUCUGUUGAGAGUCCUGAAUAGAUAUAGAUAUCUAGAGGAAGACGUAGCCCAGUUUGUAACUGGAUGUGUGGUGGAGGCGUUAGACUACCUCCACCGAAGCCACAUCGUUUACAGGGACUUGAAACCUGAGAACCUUGUGGUUGACAGAAAGGGCUACGUCAAACUCACUGAUUUCGGACUCUCAAAGCAGCUCGGUUAUACAGGAAGAUCGUUCAGUUACUGUGGAACCGCCGAGUACUUCUCUCCAGAAAUGGUACUCAACUUGGGUCACGAUAGAGGGGUAGACUACUGGUCCUUAGGGGUAAUGGUCUACGAACUGCUCUGUGGGGACUUGCCGUUCAGCUCUGACGAUAUACUCAAAGUCUUCGAAAGCAUUUUGGAGGGAAUUGAUGAUGUUUAUUUCUCCGUUCUCAUCAGAGAACUUGAUGCUGAAGAUUUGGUGAGAAAACUAUGUAGGAGGAAACCGGAUCACAGGAUUGGGUAUAAAAAUAUAGACCAGAUCAGACAACACAAGUGGUUCGAGGAAUUUGACUGGGCUGCACUCAGAUCCCGGAUUAUGCCCGCACCAAGAAUCCUAGUGCCACUACUGAGAGACUCUUCGGAUUUAUCUCAUUUCGACACUGUCGAUUUGGAGGAGGUACAACCAUCGACUGAAACCAGCAAUUGGGACAUGGAUUUUUGAGAAUAUAUUAUAGUAGAAAUUGUAAAUAAUAUAAAGUCGUUAUCGGGAACCUUUAUUGUAAAUAAUAUUCCCUGUAAAUAUUGUAAAUAAUUUUGAGUGUAAAUAUUGUAAAUAAUUUUCAGUGUAAAUAUUGUGCAUAAUUAUAUUAAUGUAUUUUUAUUUAUAAAAAUAGAUGAAAAUAUUGAAAGACA